CGGUUGGACGUUCCCUACCUGGGAUGAACUCUUCGAUCACAUAACGAAACACUUGGAGCGCAUAUGUCUACCAGUUCUAAGACUUCUUGAAGAAUAUCCUCGUCAUAUACGGGUGGAGCUACCUCCAAUUUCAACGAACCUCGAAUCUCAAUCAGAAUCGUCUUCAUUAUGUCGAGAACUACUGCCCCCCAUCACAGAUAUGAUAUCAAAAUAUAGGCCGCGAUGACCGCCUCAUGUACCUGGUCUCAGAAGUUGCCUGUCUGGACGAACGCAUGAAGAAUGGACUACUAUACGACACUGGUCUUCGCCAAGACACUUCUGCGAUAAACCGCCAACUCCAUUCUAUCGAGACGUGCGAAAUGAAUAUGGAGUUGCUAUUCAAUUCCAAUGGCUCGCCCGACGUAGAACUGUUGAAGAAGAUCAUCACACGAGCUUUUCGUCUCGCAGCUCAAAUCUACCUAUAUAGCCUAGAUCCGGAUUUCUCGGCAGAGAAGCCCCAUUGCGUGGAACUAGUUGAAGAGAUUACUACUUCUAUCUUUCAACGUUUACCAUCCGGGCCUACUGGAUUUGACCGAUGUCUCGUCUGGCCGUACGUGAUCAGUGGGUCAGUGUGCACUGCAUCUUCAGACCUUCGUCGGCUCAUCAACAAUCGCAUCGAGGAGCUCGGUGUGGCAGCAAAAUUUGGCAGCUUUAGCGGCCUUGUCACCGUGUUGAGGGAAGUCUGGAGGCGAGUUGAUUCACCUCUCGAUGUAUCUGGUAACAAGAUAAAUAUAUCUUGGAGGCACGUUAUGGAGGAAAUGGGAUGGGACUACUUGCUUAUCUAGCAAGCUGAAUGGAAUAGUACCUACUGCAAGGUUGUGUGGCAAAAAGGAGUGUGUAAGUAAGAAUCGAAGGCUAUCGGAUUGGUUGGCUGAAUGAAUUAGAUUAGAAGAUCAUAGAGGUUCUCGUCGUGGGUAUAAGUACAAAUCUAGGUGAAGGUUCAUAGAAGAAACGAUCGAAACAAUUAGAUUACCCCUUAGAUGAACAGGCACAUACAACCUACUAAUCUAUCUACCUAGGCAUACAUAGCAAACAGUUAUAAAAUAAGAAAUAAUACUUCCCAGGGCAGACGCCUCUCUCCAGAAUUUACGUUUUUAUACGACGUUAGCGCAGCGCCGUCGAAUCGCAUCGCACGAACGUCGAAGAAGGGCGGACGAGAAAGAGCACAGCCGCUUUUAAGCCAUCCC